GCCACCACUUCGCUUGUGCCAUUGAGCCGUUAUAUAAAUACUCACUCGCAUCAUCGAAGGUAAAUCUACGGAGUCGUUAAGAACACGAAUUUGAGUUCCGUCUGCAAAGGAUUUUGUGAAACCAGAGGAAAAUGUCGAACCCAAAAGUCUUCUUUGAUAUCUUGAUUGGAAAGAUGAAGGCGGGUCGUGUUGUAAUGGAGUUAUUCGCAGAUGUAAUUCCGAGAACAGCAGAUAAUUUCCGUGCUCUGUGCACUGGAGAGAAGGGAAUUGGGAGAGCAGGAAAGGCAUUACACUACAAAGGCUCUUCCUUUCACCGUAUAAUCCCAGGAUUCAUGUGUCAAGGUGGAGAUUUCACCCGUGGGAAUGGAACUGGAGGAGAAUCGAUUUACGGGUCUAAAUUUGAUGACGAGAACUUCAAGUUGAAGCAUACAGGUCCAGGGAUUUUGUCUAUGGCUAAUUCUGGUCCCAACACAAAUGGUUCUCAGUUCUUCAUCUGCACAGAGAAGACAUCGUGGCUUGAUGGGAAACACGUUGUUUUUGGGAAAGUUGUUGAUGGAUACAAUGUGGUCAAGGCAAUGGAGAAUGUUGGCUCUGACAUGGGAAAUCCCUCUGAACCAGUUGUGAUUGAAGAUUGUGGUGAGCUAAAGAACCCAAGUUCAUAAGUUUUAAAGACAUUGGCUUGAUCUUGACAGGUUCUAUCAUAUGCUCUGAAGCAGAGACAGCAUCAGAGAUGGUUAAGGUCAAUCUAAUCUGUGAUGCAAAGCGCUACUUAGGUUUUGAUAAUAUCAUAUGAACAUUAAGAUGUGGUUUUAUCCUUCUAAGUUUUUUAAAGAAAACUUUAUGUGUGAGAGUGGAAUGGAUGAUUGAUAAUAAUGGUAAAUUUCUUUAUGGACACUUGUUGUUUAGGUUUUUGUAGCUUUCUAAUUUAUGUGGAUUGUUUCAUGUUUUGUUGUAAACUUGUAAUUAUGCAUAAA